CCACAGCAAACGAGCGAUUGGCUUAGUUCUAUUCCAGCAGCCUUUUCUUUCGGUCGUCUCUUGUUCGUGACGUCCUUGGCGACUUUUGUUUGAUUUUGUUCUAUUGAUACUGUUCUAUUGUAAGUGCAAAUGUAGAAGAAUGUGCAGUGCAUCGUAAGCUAGCAUUAUUGCCUCCAUCACAUCCGCUAGCUGGCUGGAACUCGAGCUAGACAAAGGAUCAAUGCGGCAGCGACACGCGGUUAGAGUAUACCGAUCGGUCGGUUUUUUUCGUAUGAGUAUGAGGAUUGUGGUAGCGCUGAUUAUACUUGUAGCACACGUAGAGUACGCUCUACUGGCCAAGAGCCCGUCCAAAUCAUGUGGGUCGCAUGAAUUCCAGUGCGAUAAUGGGGCAUGCAUACCAGCUGCCGGACAUUGCAACGAUAGUCAGGACUGUGCCGAUGGAAGCGACGAAUCUGGAUGUGAUUAUUUCCUCUGCAAGGAACCGUUCUGGUAUCGGUGCAGACACGAAACCACCUGCAUCAGUGGGUCUAGUCGGUGCGAUAAACAAAAGGACUGUCUGGAGGGCGACGAUGAGGAAAACUGUGAAAACUACGAGGUACCGCACAAAGCGCCAGUGUGCAGCAAAGCGGAGUUCACCUGCACGGAUAAGGCCUGCAUCCCGGCCGAUCUGGUGUGCGACGGUAUCCAGCACUGUCUGGAUGGGUCCGACGAAACGAUUGGCUGUAUCGACAUUGCGGCCAAAUGUAAAGGCUUCCUGUGUCGCAACAAACACUGUCUCAAGUCUAGCAGCUGGGUGUGCGACGGUCAGGACGAUUGUGGCGACGGGUCGGACGAGGAGCACUGCCUGCACGAAUGCACGCUGGAGCAUGGGAAGUUCGAGUGCCACAACAACCACACCUGCAUAGACGUGGCGCAGGUGUGUAACGGAGCGGACGACUGUGGUGACGGCAGCGACGAAAGUCCGAGCUGUAAAUCGGAUGCUUGCAAAGCGCUCAAAUGUGCACCGCAAACCUGCAAAGUGAUGCCGGACGGCAAGGCGGUAUGUUUGUGCGGCGUUGGCUUCAAGUUCGACACCGCGACGGGCCAGUGUCAGGAUGUGAACGAAUGCAAACGGUAUGGACUGUGCUCGCAGGGAUGCAUCAACACACCGGGCUCCUUCCGGUGCACGUGCAUCGAUCAGUUUAACCUAAUGCGCGACGGACGAACGUGCGAACUCUCGUCCGGCACCGAAGCGUUGAUGCUGUACACCACCCAGAAGUCCGUCGGCGCAAUGUACCUGACGUCGAUGCACCAGUACUACGUCGCGAAAGAGCUGUCGCAGGUGAUCGGAGUGUCGUACGACGGCCUGCACGUCUACUGGACCGACAUCUCACACAAAACGGAAGCCAUCGAACGCUCGCUGGAGGAUGGGAGCGAUCGGCAGCUGCUGCUGACGGCGGGACUCAUUUCGCCCGAGGAUCUGGCGCUCGACUGGCUAACCGGCAACAUAUACUUCAGUGACAGCGGGCAGAUGCACAUUGCCGUGUGCUCGAGCGAUGGUUAUCACUGCAAAGCCAUCAUCCAGGACCAGCUGCACAAACCGCGUGGACUGGCGCUUCUGCCCCAGAACGGUACCAUCUUCUUCAGCGACUGGGGCAACAAUGCCAUGAUCGGCAAGGCCCGGAUGGAUGGCAGCGAGCAGACGGUCGUGGUCAAGGCCGGCAUUCACUGGCCCAACGGGUUGACGCUAGACUGGCCCAACGAGCGAUUGUACUGGAUCGAUGCGAAGCUGAAGCGCAUCGAGAGCAUGCACUUUGACGGCAGCGAUCGUGUCGUGGUGUUGUCCGACGUGUUGAAGCAUCCGUUUUCGAUAGCCGUGUUUAACGAUCAUCUGUACUGGUCGGAUUGGGACACGAAGAGCAUUCAGUCGUGCGAUAAAUUCACCGGCAAGAUGCGCCAAACCCUGGUGCGCGAUCGUAUGAUUUUCGAUGUGCACGUGUAUCACUCCAGCAUUCAGCCUAAAGUCAGCCACGCCUGUGCCAACCACACCUGCUCCCAUCUGUGCCUGUUGACGUCCAAUGCAACCUACGCUUGUGCCUGCCCGCAAGGCAUGGAGCUGCACCGGGAUAAGCACAGCUGUGUGAAUAAUGCCAAACGACAGGACAUUCUGCUGGGCAUCGGCAACUACCUAGUGACGCUGAAGCAUCAUCCGUUCGGGCGCCACGAAACCGGCAGAGGCGAACAGCUGUUUCCGACCAUUAGUCGGAUGGCGUUCAACAGUAUCAACGGCGAGGUGUUCAUCGCCGACAACGUGCAGCAGGCGAUCUUUACGGUGGAUUUGGCGUCGCUCCGCACCAGACGUAUCGUUUCGGACGGCAUCGGAAUGAUCUCAGCACUGGCUUUUGACUAUCUAAGCAACACGCUGUACUGGGCGGAUGCCGAAUGGUCUACUAUUGUGAUAUAUAGCUUGCAGACCCACCAUCGGUCGAUCGUUCAGCACUACCUGGGCGAUGAUGCGCCGAUAGCGCUGGCCCUCGUACCGGAGAUCGGCAAAAUGUUUAUUGCGCUGCGUUCCAGCACCGGCCAUACGCACAUCGACCGGCAGGACAUGACGGGGCGCGGACCGCACGCCCACGUCAUCGAGGACAGGCUCGGCAGCAACGGUACGAUCGCCUUCGUGGUCGAUCACGACCUGCGUGCCAUUUUCUGGAGCGACAUGGGCACCAAUCGGAUCGAAAUCACCAGCUACGAAGGUGACACACGCCAUCUGUUCCGCGAGUAUCUACGCCAACCGGUAUCGGUGGCCAUCAUUGGCAACGAGCUGUUCUGGACGUGCUACGGUUCCCAGCGGCUGUACUGGUCGGACAAGCAUAACGUCGGCGCAACGAAGCGCAUUAUCGUUCAGAUGCCGCCGAACACGACGCUCCCGGAGGUCAUACCGAUCGCGGCCACCCAGCCCAUCAAACGGCACGACCAUCCGUGUCUGAAGAGUAAUGGCGGAUGUUCGCACAUCUGCGUGUCCGCCGGACUGUACUCGAGUGCCUGCGUAUGUCCAACGGGAAUGGUGUUCAAUUCCUCGCUCAGCAAAGUAUGUGUCAAUGCCUCGGAUUGCGAGUUUCGGUGCGAGUCGGGCGAGUGUCUGAGGAUGAAGCAGCGCUGCAACGGACACGUCGACUGUAAGGACCAGUCGGAUGAGCAGAACUGUGAUCCCGGCAAGGCGCGAAUCGCGGCCAGCUGCAAGUGGAAUGAGUUCCGGUGCGCUGACGGUAGCAAGUGUAUCCCGACGGAACGGCGUUGCGACAAGCACCACGAUUGUGUGGAUCUUUCCGACGAAGCGAACUGUGCCAGCUACGAUCGGGUCUCCAAAUGCACCGAGUACCAGUUUACCUGUGCGGACGGAUUCUGCAUCGACGCGACCGGUCGGUGCGAUGGUUUGUCGGACUGUGCGGAUGGGUCGGACGAGGUGGGCUGUACGCAGCUGUCGAACAAACAGGAACAGGCCGUCACUUGUGCGUACGGCAUGUUCCGCUGCAACAGCGGCCAGUGUAUUCCGGCCAGCUGGGAGUGCGACGGUAGUCCAGACUGUAAGGAUGCGUCCGACGAGCAUGAGACGUGCCAUCCCGCCAAGCCCGAAUGUCACCAAGGAUACUUCCGGUGUGCGCUCGGGUAUUGCAUCAAAGAGUCCGUGCUGUGUGAUGGAAACGAUGACUGUGGAGACGGCUCGGACGAGGAGAACUGUCACGAUGGCGGUGCACGGGAAGGCCAGUGUCUGGAAGGAGACUACACCAACUCGACGGUGUUUCAUUGCGACAAGUCUAACACGUGUCUCGAUAUCGCCGUACGUUGCAAUGGGACUGCCGAGUGUCCUCACGGUGAGGAUGAGACGGCUUGUACGAAUUGUGGCUUACGUGAUUUCCAGUGCGCCGACGGUCAAUGCAUUCGGCUGGAAUGGCGCUGCGAUAAGGACGUCGACUGUAACGACGGUUCGGACGAGAUCAACUGUACCAGCGAUAGUGCUCGGGCAUCCGAUACCUCUCACUCGACCGAUUGCGGCAAGGACACCUUCGAGUGUAAGCCAGGUGAAUGCAUCAAAAUGUCCUCACUGUGCGACGGCAAACGCGACUGCUCGAACGGACACGACGAGGAUGGCAACUGUCCGUCGGCCUGCCUUGGAGGUCUCGGACCGUGCGCCCAAAUCUGCCAGAAAUCACCGAGCGGUUCUAUCUGCGACUGUCUGGAUGGGUACGAGCUGGCAGGCGAUAAGAAGAACUGUGUGGACCUGAACGAGUGUGACGCAGGGAAACCGUGUGCUCAGAUUUGCACCAACAUCAAGGGCUCCUACCGGUGCUCCUGUCACGAAGGCUUCAUGCUCCGGUCGGACAAGACAUCCUGCAAAGUUAUCGGCGCGCCCCAGUACGUCCUGUACACAAAGUUCGAUCAGGUGCGAAAGCUCACCGUUAGCCCGCCGCAAAUCGAAACCUUGCUGCAGGCAAACGACAGCCGGAUCACCACCAUGGACAUGGACAUUCGCCAGCAGAAGCUCUACUUCGCCACAGAGAACAGUGCCGCACUGUACGAGCUGAACCUGAAAACGAACGUCACCCGUGUGCAGACGGGCGUGGGCACACCGGACAAGGUGACCGUCGACUGGGUCGCUUCGAACGUGUACUUCGUCGAUGUCGCAGAGCCCUCCAUCAAGGUGUGCAACUUCGAGCGAGAGGCGUGCGCCCGGGUCGUCUCGUUCACGCAGCGUAACUUCGUGAAGGCACUUGCGCUCGAUCCGGUGAACAAGUACAUGUUUUACUCGCUGCUGUACUCGUGGAUCUUCCAGGUGCCUCACUCGAUCGUAUUCAGAGCCAAGCUCGACGGUACGCUCCAGGAAGUCGUCACCAAGCAAUCGGGACUCGUGUCCGCCAUCGCUGUGGAUCCUCAGAGUCAGCUGCUUUACUACACCGAGCUGAGCGGCAACACUCUGUGUCGCGUCAACUACCUCGGCCAGCAUCUGACGGUGCUCGCCCGCGACCAACCGCACGUGCUGAACCAUCCGCUGCAGAUAAGCGUGUUUGAGAAUCAGGCACUGAUUGUAAACCGAGGCUCGGCUACGAUAGGACAGUGUCAGCUGUUUGCCGGCUAUAAGUGUGAUCGUUUCAAUGUGAAUGUACCCCCGUCGAAGCAGGUACUGCUGGUUCAGGAAUCUCGACAACCACUCACAAAGAACUGGUGCGACAGCAGGUGGAUCAACUGCACCCAUCUUUGCAUACCGGAAGAUUCUAAGGGCCGAUGUGUGUGCGAGAAUGGACUCGAAAUACGCGAAGGCGACCGGUGUCCCGAGCCGAAGGACAGAAGCCGAGCGAUGACACCCUUACAGGUGGCCGACGAGUCCCUGGCAGAACAUCGCGAAAGCGAAGAACACAGCUCCACGGGGAGCUUCCUCUAUUUUAUGUUAUACGCUGUAUUAAUUGUAGCAAUCGGUGGGGUAGGAUUUUAUGUUUACUGGCAGCGGUUCAACCACAAGUUCGAUGUCGGCAUACACUUCAACAACACCGAGCUGAGCACGGUGGACAUUUCCGACGUCGUGCUGCACAAGACGGCGCCCAACAUGCUCAGCUUCCAGGGGAAUCCGGCAAAAGGUGAUGGCAGCGAUGGUGCGCCCAGCUGCCACGAAGACUUCGAGAACAACAGCUACAUCCAGAACAACACGAUAUCGGCCUCCGAUACUGGAUAUUACAAUUGUGAUGAUGAUAUGAACGAUCGGUUGAUAGUGUAACGAAACGAACAGGCAUCAUGCAGCAACCAAUAACGAGACAGCGUUUUAGCCUUCCGAGAGCUUCGAGUGAAGUGUUGAAGUGGCAUUAGAAAACUCAUCGAGCAAUCAAUAUGUAUAGUUGAUUAGUUGAUUAGAUAAGCAAAGUGUAUGUAUUGUGUAACGAAAACAAGGAAAGAAAAUACACAACCAUCCUUAUACUUAGCAGAGCUACAGAGCAAACGCCUUGAAAA